UUAAUAUAGUCUAUGAUGAAUAAAACUAAAAGACAUUCAUAUUAACAGUUUUUAGCUCUAACAUGGACUCUAAUCUUUCUGCUGAACAGAGCGCUGACAUUUACAGACUCUGUUUGUGUCUCCUCAGUUAGCGAAUGCAGCAGCAUCAUGUCAGUUGUUGGUCGAGUGGGUCAGAACAUCACUCUGCCCUGUAGCUACAACACAAAGAGAAAUGUUGUACGCCGGGUGUGCUGGGGUCGAGGAGAUAUUCCCAACUCAGGCUGCAGCAAAGAACUCAUCUCCACAGAUGGACUCAAAGAGUUCACAGAAAGAAGGUAUCAGUUACGAGGAUGGCUGGACGAGGGAGACGUCUCAUUGACCAUCCUGAACCUCACAGAGUCAGACGCCGGACGCUACGGCUGCAGAGUACAUAUACCGGGGUUGUUCAAUGAUGAAAAACAUCAUGUAGAUCUGACCAUAGAGGAAGCUACACAGACAGCAACAAAAACAUCAGGAUACAGAGAGACGACUACAGAACCAACACAAACUUAUACAGCCGGUCAGCUGACCUCCACAGAGAUGGCGUUUACUUCCUCCUCCAGAAGCAUGAGGGCCGAGCCUCAGCAGGAAAGCAGUAGUCUGACGAUGGUUCUGGUGCUGGUUCUGCUGGGGUUACUGGCUUUCACAGCAGGCGGAGUCCUCUUGAUCACCAGACGAUGGAGGCGACUCAAAGUGCCUCAGCAGCAGGUCAGCAGCUCGGCUCGCUUCAGUCUGACUCCGUCCACUUUGCAGCUCCACAGACGAGAAUCAGUCGUGGAAAACAUCUAUCAGAUAGACGGAGGAGAGUACGAGUACUGCCCCUGAGCCCUGAAGCUCCGCCCACUGACAACAAGACCAGCUCUGGACAAAGAAGAACUACCCCGCUUGAUGUAAGGCAUUCAGAGAACCUGCAGUUCCCAAGAUGACCACUGGGAGGACAGUUCAAAGUGACAAAUUAUGAGACACUGAAAACAAAUUUCAGCCCACAGAGACGACUGCUGUCAGAAACAACCAAUCACAGAGCUUCAGAUAUGAAAAACAUCAAAAACUGUUUAAAAAAGUGGGCGGAGUCGCCAGGUCGGGAAAGUGAAUGCAUCACAGACUUUUAUUUAACUGCUGUUUUUUAAAUGUCCAGCAGGGGGCGACUCCUCUGAUUGUUUAUCAGUCUGUGAGAAAAUGUUCCUCCUCCUCAGCUGAUUUAUUCCCUCAGUAAACAUUUUCCUAAUGAGUUUAUGUUCUCAAUCUCUAUUUUCAAGUCUUCUUCAACACAGCAUGAUGUUCAUUUAGUAAAUGAUGGUCCCAUUUAGAGUCAACUCAAACUCUGAGUAGUCUGCUACUGUCUGACGGUAAUGUGCCUUAAGAAAAGAUGGCAGACUUGUCUUUCAUUCCUGUGAAUCCACCAGUUAACGAUAAACAACUUCCAGAUAUGUAAUUUUUUGGUUCAUUACAUCCACCAGAGGAGCCCCAGAGGAGAAGCUGCUGAGUCCCAGUUUCACUUUAAAAAGUAACAAAGAGGAAUCUCUCUCGCUUUUAUUCAUCUGUAUUGGUGGAUCUCAGUUUCAUUGUAAACAGUAAGUUACACAGAGGCUUCAUCUCCCCAGAACACCUGUUUAUUCAUUUCUGGUAAGUCUCAGUUUCACUGUAAAUAGUUAGUUAUAAAGUGACUUUGCCUGCCCAGGUAACACCUGUUCAUCUGUUUUGCUGGGUCUGAGUCUCAUCGUAAAUAGUUUGUUACACAGGGGCCUGAAAUAACAUGAUGCAGAUUUGUGAAUCCUAAGACACUUUUAAAAAAGAACUCAGUAUACAGUAGAAUAUUGAUCAUGUUAUCUGAAACUUCCAAUGAAACUGGUCAAAUAAACAGUUAAUCAAUAAAUCAAAAAUAUUAA